ACCGCGUACUGCGAAAAACGGUCAGUCAAAAUGUUGAAGUUGAUAGUGACGGUCUUGUGUUUGGCACUGGUUGCCGAUGCCGCAAUCGUGCGCGUACCGUUAAAAAAGCCCAAUAAACGACGUGCUAUUAAGAAUAUCAGCACACACCUGGCCGUGUUGCGUAGUAAAUACAAUUCCAGUUUCGCCGUUACCAACGAGCAAUUGACCAACUAUCUGGACGAUCAAUAUUAUGGACCGAUUACAAUUGGCACGCCACCACAAAACUUCCAAGUACUCUUCGAUACCGGCUCCUCGAAUUUGUGGGUACCCGGUGCACCGUGUGCUGCCAACGAUACAGCUUGCCAAACGCAUAAUACCUACAACUCAAGCGCUUCCUCCACAUAUCAAGUGAAUAAUCAGAGUUUUGCUAUACAAUAUGGCACUGGCAAUUUAACGGGUUACUUAGCCAUGGAUACGGUGAACGUUAGUGGUUUGAUCAUUACGAAUCAGACUUUUGCUAUUGCUACCUCAGAGCCUGGCGAUACUUUUGUUGAUUCCGCAUUUGAUGGUAUACUCGGUAUGGCUUUCCAACAGAUCGCUGUGGAUAAUGUAGUGCCACCAUUUUACAAUAUGUACACACAAGGUUUGAUUGAUUCGCCCGUCUUCGCUUUCUAUCUGACAAGUGAAGGCACCACAGUACUUGGUGGUGAGCUCACCAUCGGUGGCAUUGAUGCCACGCAUUAUACGGGCGCAAUUACUUAUGUACCUGUCGUUCCGCAAGGUUAUUGGCAAUUCUUUAUCAAUUCGAUUGUUAUCGGCAAUAAUUCUGUUUGCAACAGUUGUUCGGCCAUUGCGGAUUCGGGCACCAGUUUGUUGGGCGUACCGACCAACACCUAUAUUUUUGUGCAGAAUUAUGUAGGGGCACUGCUCAAUGAAUAUGGGGAAUAUGUUUUCGAUUGCCUCUCAACGCAGAAUUUACCUGUGGUCUCGUUCAAUAUUGGUGGCACCGUGUUUACGCUAGAUAGCAGAAAUUAUGUUGUCGAAGCAAUUAAUGAAGCUGAUGAAGUGGUGUGCAUGUCUGCUUUCGAAGAUGCCGGUACUAAUUUUUGGAUUUUGGGCGAUGUUUUCAUGAGCAAAUACUACACCGUUUUUGAUAUGGGCAACACUCAAGUUGGUUUUGCGACGGCCGCAAACAACUCAACCAUAAAUAAUGGUGUUGGUGGUGCACUAAAUGUAAAUCCCUCAGUUCUAGGUACAUUGGCGCCCAUUGUUGUUGCCAUUUUAUUCAGUAUGUAAUAAAUUGGUAGUCAAGGAGAGAGAAUGAAAAUUAGUUCUACUGCCAAUUUAUGUAUAAAAAUGGAAAAGCAAAAAGAUCAAAAAAUAAAAAUUUAUAUUAAGAGCUUAGUUGUUUGCAUAAUUUAACGUACUCGUAUGUAGUAGUUAACAGAUACAUAUGUACAUACAUAUAGUCAUUGAAAAACUUUGUCAUUUUAGUAGUUCUGUUAUCGAUUUAAUUAUAAUUGCUACUUAAUACUGAUAAAAAAUAA